AUGCCGCCGCAUGUGUCGCCACGAGGGGGGAAUCCUGCCGCUUCCGGCGGAGGCCAGCUCCCGUUCCACCCGCCGUUCGACACGCCGUACGACGCGGCGUAUGAUCCGGCGUACGAAGCGGCGUACGAUGCGGUGUAUGACGUGGCGUACGAUGCAACACCGUACGAGGACAUGAUGGCGAUGGUUCCGAUGAUGGUCAACACUCCUCCUCCUCCUGCUGCUUCCUACUACGAAGCAACGGCAGGCUAUCAAAGGAAGGGGCAUCGGCAGCAUCAGCAGCAGCAGCAUCACCAGCCGUACUUUCAUCAUUCCCACCACCCGUUGCCUCAUCCGCCGCACUUUGCGCCGCAUCUUCCGCCGCCUUACGUCCACCACGGUUCUAUGAUGAUGCCGCGCCCGCCGCCGUCCCACGCAGCGGCGUUUGCGGCGGCAGAGCGCGGCGGCAUCGGCGGCUCUCGCGGCAUGAUGCACGUGCGGCAGCACGCGCCGCACGCCCCGCAUAUUCCGGGCGCCCUCUGCGAUUAUGAGGACCCUAGCUACUAUUCCACGCUUUAUUUCCGGCCGGAGGUGCAGGUGGUGGUGCUGACGUCAAGGAUCAAGGACAAGGUAUCCCCGCUAGAGAAGACGCGCUGGUUGGACCAGCACUUGUCGUACCGCAUAUGUCCCUACCCCAUACGCCAUAUCGAGUUCACUCAUGCCGGGGAUGCAGUUAUUGAGUUCGUAUCGCACGUUGCAAUGAUGAAAGCACUCCAACGCGCGCCAUUGCACUGGGACUCCCCUUGCGCCGCACCCGCUGCUGCUGCUUCCGCUGCUGGUGGCACUGCUGCUCCUGCCGGCAGCAAGAGCGGGUGGCAAGCAUACCUGGAGACUUUAUCAACAACCACACCAGCGACAGCAGCGAUACAAGCAACAGCACCAACACAAGCAACAGCACCAGGAUCAGCAGCAGCAGCAGCAGCAGGGAGGCGCGGCAGGCAGGUGGUGGCAGUGCGGGCGUGCACAGAGGACGAUAUCCGGGCGCUCUUCUGGGUGGGGCUCUCCUUCCCCUCCGUCAUCCCACUCGCCGACGCUCUGCCGCUGAUCAAGCAGGCCCUACAGCCGUAUGGUGAGGUGAGAGGGGUGUACUCGCCUCAUCCUAGCUCUUUGGAGUUUGAACAAAUGCAUGGGGGAGGGCAGCAAUCGCGGAAGGUGCUGCAGGAACAACAGGAGAAAGAGAAGAACAUUGGGAGCAAGGAUGAGGAGGAGGGGAGGGAAGAAGAGGAGGAGGAGGAGGAGGACGAGAAGAAGGAGAAUGACAAGGAGGUCUGCGACAGCAGCAGCACCAGCAGCAUGAGCAGCAGCAGCAGCGACGGCGGCCACAAUAUCAUCAUCUCCAGCAGAAGCAGCAGCAGCAGAGGAAGCAGCAGCAGCAGCAGCAGCGAUGGUGACUGCAGCAGCGAUGAGGGAGAGAGCAACGACACACAAGGGAUCGGCAACACCGGGAGAAACAAGAACCGAGAUCCCAGUUCCUCACCUGCUAAAAGCCCCUCCUCCUCCCCAUCCUCCCCAUCCUCCCCAACCUCCGCACCCUCCGCACCCUCCCAACCAUCCCCACCCUCCUCCCCACCCGGUACCCCACCCCCUGCGGCCUCUCCGUCCUCGCUCUCCUCUACUGCUCUGCCGUUCUCUGUCUCCUCCUCCGUCCGUCUCCCCCCUGGCUGCAUGCUGAAGCUCUACUUCGCCCCCUCUGGCCGCCGUCACUUGCCCCCAACGCUUCACAUCGGCAAGCAGGACAGGCGCAACAAGGCUCGUCACCCUCUCAUUGCACGUCUCUUCACACCUCACGGUCCUCUCUCCAUCACGUGUGCUGACUUUGGCCCCAACCACUCUGUGCACGGCUGUCCCGCGUGCGAAAUGCACCAGCAGCAGCAGCAGCAGCACCAGCAGCACCAGCAGCAGCAACAUCAUGUUUGCGGUGCUUUCAGUGACUUCUGGGAAUCGUAA